AUCCCGGUAUGUGAGGUUCGCUCGGAUGGUCGAGAAAAUUUGAUAGGUGCAUUGAUAAUUGCGGGCAAUUUUGAUAUUCCUGAAGUGACCGUGUACUUCAACAGCAAACUGUUUCGUGGGAACCGGACGACAAAAGUGGACAACAGUGCGCUGGAAGCUUUCGACAGCCCCAAUAUGCAUCCAAUUGCCCACAUGGAUGUCGACAUAAAAAUCAAUUACGAUUCGAUAUAUCGUUCACCGUCAGUGGCGCCAUUUAGAGUGCACGACCAUUUCUGCCGGAAUGUCGGGCUGCUCAGGAUUUUCCCAUCAAUUUCAAUUGAAACAGUUCGUGCAUCUUUACAACUGCCUACAGAGGGAGUUGUCUUACAAACAUUUGGUGCAGGUAAUAUGCCAUCCAGAAGAGGAGAUAUCAUUGAGGAAUUAAAGAAAGCGAUUGACCGAGGUUGCAUUGUUGUAAACUGUUCGCAAUGUAUGCGCGGCCAAGUGGAUGUUCAUUAUUUUACCGGGAAGGCAACACUAACAAGCACGGGUCUCUGCAGUAGUCGUCAUUCAUUAGAUCGGACUGCGAAAAAAAGCUCGAAAUAUUAA